GCCCACCCCCUCCACGGUCCUAUCCACGCCAAUCUCCUCCGUCCUCAUACACACACAGCACAACACAGGAGCGUUGUUGCAUGGCUCCGCCGCCACACACGCGCGCGGCCGUAGCAACCGUUAUACCCACCCACACCGCUGCAUAAGUAUCUCCGCCGCCGCGGCGGCUCCGCGUGGUGCGAUCCCCCCCCCCGCGCCCGUGUCGUCCCGCUGUCCGUCACGACCGUCGUCGUGUCGACCGUACGUGCAGCAAACUACAGUAAUAGCUAGCUAGCUAGCUAGCUAGCUGCAGACUGCCGCAUCAGUGCGUGGCGACGUGAGGAUAUAUCAGCCACGCACGCGAUCGUGAGGAGGCCACGGAGAUGAACCAGUGCGUGCCGAGCUGGGAUCUGGACGACCCGGCGCUGGUGGUAGCAGCUGGCGGCGGAGGCGGCGGCGGCCUGAACCACCAUCAGGUCUCGACGACGAUCGCCGGCGGGGCGCCGCACCGGGGCCUGCAGGUGUCAGCCGGCGGGGGGGCGUUCGCUCCCGUCGUCCUGCCCAUGUCGGACCAGUACUACGAGGUGGCGGAGCUGACGUGGGAGAAGGGCAACAUCUCCUCUCACGGGCUGGGGCUGCUUAACCGCCCGGUCCCGGUGCAGCAGCACAAGUACGCGCCGCCACCGUCGUCGUCACAGCUGCAGGCCAUAGGAGGAGGAGGAGGAGGCGGAUCGUCUGGGGACCGCGAGACGCUGGAGGCGGUGGUCGGCGAGGCGGCCACGCGGUCGUCACACUUCCUCUCGCAGCGGCACCCGGUGCCUUGGGUCGGGGUGGGCGGCGCCGCCGUCGACGCCGUGGCGAGGUCCGCGGCGGACGCGCUAGUGCCGUGCGCCGCCGCAAGGGUGCACGACGAGGCGGCGGCGGCAGAGGGAGGAGACGCGGGCGCUGGGCCUGGCUCCAGGAGGAAGCGGGCGCGCGUGGUUGGCGAGGACGGCGGUCUGGUGUGCGCCAGCCAGGGGAGCACCGCCGCCGCGCCCGGGCCCCGCCGCCGCGGCGAGAGCGCGCUGCUCACGCUGGACUACGCCUGCUGCGGCACCGGCGGGGCCGAUGACGUGUGUGGCUUCACGACGACGACGACCAACAACUCCACGUCCCUGGAGCGCGACGACAAGGGCUCCCCGGACACUGAGAACACCAGCAUCGGCGGAGGGGCUAGUGAUUCUCGCUGUUUCAGCCGUCGGUCACAGAGAGACGGCUUGUGCGACGAAGAUGAGAACGUGGUGAUCAACGGGGACGGGGCGAUGAGGUCGUCGAUUUCCACCAAGAGGAGCCGGGCUGCUGCCAUCCACAACGAAUCUGAGCGUAAACGAAGGGACAGGAUCAACCAGAAGAUGAAAACGCUGCAAAAGCUCGUCCCGAACUCGAACAAGCAGACGGACAAGGCGUCGAUGCUGGACGAGGUGAUCGACUACCUGAAGCAGCUGCAGGCGCAGGUGCAGGUGAUGAGCCGGAUGAGCAGCAUGAUGAUGCCCAUGGGCAUGGCCAUGCCGCAGCUCCACCAGAUGUCCGUGAUGGCCCAGAUGGCGCAGAUGGCCCAGAUGGCGCAGACGAUGGCCCAGGGCAUGAUGAACAUGGGCUCCCUCGCGCAGCCCGGGUACGCGGGCCUCACGCCGCCCAUGAUGCACCCGCCGCCACCGUUCGUCCCCAUGUCCUGGGCGGACCCUGCCGCUGCAGCCACCACCUCCGGCGCCGGCGCCGGCGCCGGCCCCGGUCCAGCAGCCGCCGCCGCCUCCUCCCUCGCCCAGCAUACCGGCGGCGGCGGCGCCGCCGUGCCGGACGCCUUCUCCGCCUUCCUGGCCUGCCAAGCGCAGCAGAGCGGACAGCAGCAGCAGCAGCAGCCGCCGGGUAGCAUGGAGGCGUACAAUAGGAUGGUGGCGCUGUACCAGAAGAUGAACCAGCUGCAGCAGAGCGAGCCAAGCAGCAACCCGUCCAAGCAGUGAGCAUGACUGCUCCACACUGUGGCUGCGAGAGAGGCUCGGUGGAAAUCGAGUUGCUGGGCCAUCAAUCAGAGACGCGCACUCAUCGGCUCCAGUCGGCCUGGAGCCCCUCUCUCAAAAGAAAAAAAGAAAAAAAGGUCGGCCUGGAGCCCUGGAAACGGAGGAGGAUGGCCUCGCGAUGGAUUCGCCGGACAGAUGGCCACCAGCAAUAGGCUGCAUCACGACAUGGAAAGAGACGGUACCAUGGCUGCCCGUACUGGCUACAGUAGUCGACGCCGGGUACAGGACGCAGCUGCAGCCUUUUGACUCUAUCGGGCUUGGCACCGACCGCCUCGGCGCCAUGUCCAUGUAGGCGCACAUGCCGCGGAACGCGGGGAAACAGCUAAUCCCCGGCGGAUAAAGAAAAGGCGAAAGCCAGGGGGAAAAGGUGCGUCCAUAACCAAAAAAAAAAAGACGGGUGUCCAUGUGUCGGAGUAAAAAUAGAUGGUUGGAAAAUCUAAACUAUAUCUAUCUAAUAAAAUUUAUAAUAUAUAUUCAUGUUUAUUUA